AUGGCUAAAGGACAGACUGAGAUACGGCAUGAACAAGAAGAAAGCAGGGAAGAAGGUAAAAACACGGGGGAAUCUGGUGAUACAAUCAGAAAUUAUACUGGCUACGUUAUUGAUAGUGAUGUAGAGCAAAAUAAAGUGCCAAGGGAGGUAUUAGACAUUCUACAAGCAUUUCCAAUUUUCAAGCAAGCACCGGAGUCGUUUGCGAUGAAAGUGGCUUCGCAGCUCAGAUAUAAGGUCUAUGGACCAGAUGAAUACGUGAUUAGGAAGGGAGAGCCAUCGGAGUCGAUGUACUGGAUUUUGAAGGGAACAGUGAAUAUUGGUGACGGAGAGUCGAUACAUGCGGAGCUCGGACUGGGGAGUUUUUUUGGUGAAGUGGGAGUUAUAUACAAUAGACCGAGAACAGCUACAGUCGUGACCAGAAGUAAAGUUGUGGUGGGAAUAAUGGGGAGCGAGUCACUCAAUUUGGUAUUGCAAUACUAUCCUUCGAUAGAGAGGAAGAUCAGAGACGAGGCACAGGGAAGACUAGCUCUGCAAGAAAAGAAAUACAAUACUGGACUACUCAAAUGUAAUAAAACAUAUCACAGUAAAGUUGAAGGUUAUCGAGACGAGCAUCAGACCCAUCCUAUUCCGUUUCUCAGAAUUCUUAAAGAUUUUACCCUUUUUCAACAAAUGCCAAGUUAUGUCGUUGACGAAUUACUAUCAUGUGCGGAAUUUGUAAAGGUUCCCAUGUUAGAUUAUGUUUUUAAGAAAGGUGAUAAGGACGUAGAUGUUUACUUCAUUGUUAGGGGUAGAGUAGAAAUAAUCGAUAAUGAGUUGGAUCCUAAACUGGGUAACAAAUUGACAGCGUUAGAGUCAGGUAAUUCUAUUGGCAUUUCAUCAUUCUUAUCUUAUAUGAAAGGAAAUAAGAGCAUUAGGAGAUUCGCUAGUGUUAUGUCUGUUUCACCAUUGGAAUUGCUUAAAAUUCGAAGUGUUAAGUUGAUGUCAUUGUGUAAACAGUUUUCCUUUAUUAUAGAUGAAUUAGAACAUGAAAGCUUUAAUAGGGCUUUCUUGUUUUCUCCCCGUAAAACUGAUACAAAACCAAACAGCCCACCUUCAACCAGACUUUCUAUUGAAUUUCUCAUGAACGAAAAUGAAGAUAAUUUACCUGAAAUUACCAAUCAUUCACAGUCUAAGAAAAAGAAAUUACAGAACCAGCUGCCAUCGUACACUACAAAUAGUUCAGGGUACGAAAAUGUUUCUCCCAUUUCACCUAUUUCCCCGUUGGAAAACAUAGAUUCAUUUUCUGCGCAAACGCAGAAAAUAACCACAGCCGAGGCACAUAUCAAUACUAAAAAGAGGAAGUUAACGGCAGAUAUACACUCACUUGAUUUUCUUGAUGAGAGACAUUCUGCAGAACCCGAAAGAGAAAAGUUCUGGGACCAUGAUUAUAGAUACGACGAUAAUAGAAUGAAAUUAAGGAGCAAAAAUGAAGUGCACUCAAGACAUGCUGCCGAAUCACUAUUUACAAUGAUAAUGCUGAAGGUGUUUGAAUAUUUGACCAUUCCUGAAUUGAUGAAAUUGAGAAUAGUAUGCAAGCAAUGGAACGAAAUACUAUCUACGGCCCCAGGGUUAUGCAAGAAGUUAGACUUAACACCAUGGAAUACAUCGAUUGAUGAUAAAUCAUUAAUAUCAAUAACAAACUUUGUUGGGGCGAGACCACAGGAUAUUGACAUAUCAAAUUGCUUUCAUAUAACGGACGAGGGCUUUAGUUAUAUGGUCAAUGAGAUUGGUAUAUCCGGAAAAAUAAAAGGCUUGAAAAUGGAAUCUAAUUGGGAAAUUAGUGGAAUGGCUAUAAUGGAUUUAAGUGUAUCAAUAGUUGGUAAACAUUUGGAAAAUAUUGAUUUGGCAAAUUGUCGGAAGGUUCGUGAUGAUGUAUUAGAAAGGCUUACCGGUUGGGAUUCAAGAGAGAGAAAUCAAACGAAUAAAGAACUCGAAGAAGGCAAUAAAAUAUCAGAUGUCAGUGUCGGGUGCAAGAACUUGAAAGCAAUUAACGUUGGAUAUUGUAAGCAUUUGACGGAUAAUAUAAUGUAUCAUAUAUCUCAGAAUGCUAAUGAAAGAUUGGAAAGCUUGGAUUUAACAAGAUGUACGACUAUUACUGAUAAGGGAUUCGAAUAUUGGAAUAGAAGACAUUUUCCAAAUUUGAGAAAGUUAUCUUUGAAGGAUUGUACUUUUUUAACUGAUAAAGCAAUAAUAUCAAUUGCAAAUUCAGCAAAUAAUUUAGAAGUUUUAGACUUGAAAUUUUGCUGCGCUUUAUCAGAUGUUUCAAUUGAUAUGUUGUGCUUAGGUUGCCCAAAAUUAAAACAUUUAGAUUUGUCAUUCUGCGGAAGCGCUGUUAGUGAUUUCUCGCUCGCUAAUAUCUCGUUGCAUUUGCGAUUCUUAGAAAAAUUAAUCCUAAAAGGUUGUAUUAGAGUUACUAGAGCUGGUAUAGACUCAUUAUUGAGUAGUUGCUCUAUGUUGAAUUAUCUCAAUGUUAGCCAAUGUAAAAAUGCUCAUGUUUAUCCAGGUGGUGUUCAGGCUCAAAUGUUGAAAAUUCACAGUCAGACGAAAACUGCUUUUGUUACUGCUGGGUCUUAUAAAAAUAUUGUUGAAAUUGCGGUUUAA